AUGUCACCUCGAGUCGUGUGUGUUUCAAAAAUGCGUUGCGUUCUGUUCAACUUUUUUUUUGGUUGUUUACAAAGUUCAUUAAGAACGCUCGCUCUUCAAUUUUUUUUUUUUUUUGUUUUGUUUUGUUUUGUUUUUUUUUUUCCUUUCUCACGAAAUCACAACAAACCCACAACAAACCCAAUGUCAGGAAAAGGAAAAGUACACGGAGGUAAAGGUAAAUCCUCGGAAAUUGCCAAGUCAUCUACUUCACAUUCAGCUAGAGCAGGAUUGCAAUUCCCUGUGGGAAGAGUUAAGAGAUAUUUGAAAAGAAGUGCCCAGAAUAAGGUCCGUGUUGGAUCUAAAGCAGCCAUUUACUUGACUGCAGUUUUGGAAUAUUUGACUGCAGAAGUAUUGGAAUUGGCAGGUAACGCAGCAAAGGACUUGAAGGUCAAGAGAAUCACACCAAGACAUUUGCAAUUGGCUAUUAGAGGGGAUGAAGAAUUGGAUAACUUGAUUAAAGCUACCAUUGCCUACGGUGGUGUCUUGCCUCAUAUCAACAAAGCUUUGUUAUUAAAAGUUGAAAAGAAAAAGGGUCAAAAAUAA